AUGCUGGCUACGGCUACAUAUAUGAAAGACUACGGCUCCGCUAUAGAUACACCACUUUGGGUUAGGGUCUCAGCCAAUCUUUUGAAAAGAAAUGAAACAAAAGAACUAGAAAGAAAAAGUGAAGAUGAUGAAAAUGAUUUUGAAGCAACCACAUCAGACACCAAUUUUGAAUCAAUGCCUAAUGAUGAGAUUGAUAUUGACUGUAAUGAAAUUAUGAAUAUUAGUGAUAUAGAAUUACAUACUACAUUAUCACCCAUUCAAAAAUAUCCUGAUGAUAAAAGUCCAAGUGAUAUCUGGAUAUUACCUUCUGGUAAAUCUGUUCAAGAUAUUAUACGUGGACAAAAGGAUUUACAUAAAUCACAGUAA